ACAGGGAAUCUUUUUCUAAUUAAUUUCCUCAAAGCAAAACCUUAAGAGAUUAGGAAUUGAGAGAGAUGGAUUCGUCCGUGUUUAGAUGGGCGAGGGAGAAGCUGGAGAAGGAACACAGAGAGAGCAAGGAAAGUGGGAAGCUGAAGCUGGAACGAGAGAAGAAAGACAAGGAUGCUGCGGAAAGGCAACGCCGAGCCGUUGAAGCUUCUCAAAGAGCCAAAAGGCUUGAAGCCAUUGAAGCCCAGAUGAUGAAGGUUGAGGAACCUAGAAAACGUGGAGGUUAUAUUAUACAACCCAUACCUCCAUGGAUAUUGAAGAGGACUAAUAUGCCGCCACAAGACGAGGAGGAGGUUUUUAGAUGGGAUGAUGAUGAAGAAGAAGGUGCUGAGUGGGAAGUAGGAGAGGCUCCUGGUACAGGAAAGUUUACUUGGAAUGAUGAUGAAGAAGAAGAAGAAGAAGAAGAAGAAGAAGCCAAUAGUAACAACCACCACAACGACAACGACAACGACGCUGCGAAUCGCUCUCAUCAAGCUUCCGACUUUACACCCUCCGAGCAGCUCAUGGGUGGUCAUCAUCACCACCAAUCUCCUCCUCACAGCCCUCGCGCCACUCAAUCUCCCCUCAUGUUCGCUCCUCAGGUUCCGGUGAUUCCUCUCCAAAGACCAGACGAAAUCCACAUCCCUAACCCUUCCUGGAUGAUGCAAUCGCCUUACGAAGAGGCUUCCAACGAGCAAGGCAUCCCCACCAUGAUCACUUGGUGCCACGGUGGUAAAGAGAUCUCUGUUGAGGGAUCUUGGGAUAAUUGGAAGUCAAGAAGUCGGCUGCAGAGAUCUGGAAAAGACUUCACAAUAAUGAAAGUGCUUCCCUCAGGUGUCUAUGAGUACAGGUUCAUCGUCGAUGGACAGUGGAUGCACGCCCCUGAGCUCCCUUUUGCUCGUGAUGACGCUGGCAACACUUUCAACCUUUUGGACCUCCAGGACUAUGUUCCUGAAGACAUUCAAAGCAUAUCCGGAUUCGAGCCUCCGCAAUCUCCAGAGGCUAGCUACAGCAGCUUGCUUCUGGGAGCUGAGGAUUAUUCCAAAGAGCCGCCUUUGGUUCCACCGCAUUUGCAGAUGACUCUGCUGAACUUGCCGCCGGCCAACCCUGACGUGCCGUCGCCGCUGCCGAGGCCUCAGCAUGUGGUUCUCAAUCAUCUUUACAUGCAGAAGGGGAAAAGCGGUCCUUCUGUUGUUGCGCUUGGUUCCACUAACCGCUUUUUAGCAAAGUAUGUAACUGUGGUGCUCUACAAGUCCCUCCAGAGAUGAUGCAAAUUCCAUCUUUACAGGGUCUUAUCUUAGUUUGGUGUUUUAAUAGUUAAAACUCAUGGAGAAUGGGUGAGGGCACUAUAAGAAUUUAUUGCAAGGCCGGCAAAUCUCUGUUUUUUGGUUUUGGUUUGUGGCUUUUCAAGUUUUCACAACAGUUACCUGCAAGUCUUUAUAUUAUUGUUUUGGCUUUCAAAUCUA